UCAUCCAGGAGACUCAGGAAAGAAGCUUCUGUCUGCUGGACUGAAGGAUCCACACUGGAGACUGGACACUCUCAGGAUGGACCAUGGUGGACCGCACAGAAUGAAUUAUGCCUGUGAACUGGAACUGGAUCCAAACACAAUGAACACAAACCUCAAACUGUCUGAUAACAACAGGAAGGUGACAUAUGUGGAGGAGGAUCAGUCAUAUCCUGAUCAUCCAGACAGAUUUGAUCACUGUCCUCAGCUGCUGUGUAGAAAUGAUCUGACUGGUCGCUGUUACUGGGAGGUCGAGUGGAGAGGAAGAGUUUAUAUAUCAGUGAGUUACAGAAGAAUCAGAAGGAAAGGAAACAGUGAGGACUGUAGGUUUGGAUUUAAUGAUCAGUCCUGGAGUCUGGAGUGCUCUGAUUAUGGUUACUCUGUCUGGCACAAUAGCAACUAUACACCCAUCUCCUCCUCCUCCUCCUCCUCCUCCUCCUCCUCCUCCUCCUCCUCCUCCUCCUCCUCCUCCUCCUCCUCCUCCUCCUCCUCCUCCUCCUCCUCUGUCUCUAACAGAGUAGCAGUGUAUGUGGACUGUCCUGCUGGCACUCUGUCCUUCUACAGAGUCUCCUCUGACUCACUGAUCCACCUCCACACCUUCAACACCACAUUCACUGAUCCUCUGUGUGCUGGGUUUAGAGUCGGCUAUGGUUCCUCAGUGUCUCUGUAGGAGGAGCAGAGAGGAGCAGAGAGGAGUAAAGAGGAGCAGAGAGGAGCAGAGAGGAGUAAAGAGGAGCAGAGAGGAGUAGAGAGGAGUAAAGAGGAGCAGAGAGGAGCAAAGAGGAGUAAAGAGGAGCAAAGAGGAGUAAAGAGGGGUAAAGAGGAGCAGAGAGGAGCAGAGAG